CUGUGGGCCAGCCGAACAUCGUGCAUUAGUGAGGACAGCUGGCAGCAUAGUGCGAGUCGAAUGAAAAGUUACUCCCACCACAUUAACAAUAGUUUUGGUCACACACUUGUGAUAUUUGGAUCAUUUUAAGGGUGACUUUCAACGCGCACUAUGGCUGAGAAGAUGGACAUCAAGGAGAGGAAGUUACCCAACGGAGAGAAGCACCUCGAUGAGCCGCUGGCCAACGGAACGAACAGCCCCAACAAGGGCAACCGGGAGCCGCUGUCCCAGCGGGUGAAGAGACUAGUGAUGGCCAACCUGCUGGUGAUCCUCACCGUGGUCGGGGUCAUCAUCGGGGUUUUAAUUGGACUUGGCGUGCAGUACGCGGGGCUGACCCGGAUCCAGGUGAUCUACAUCGGUUUCCCCGGUGAGCUUCUCAUUCGGCUUCUGAAGAUGAUUAUCAUCCCCCUGGUGGUGUGCAGCCUUGUGUCCGGGUCCGCCAGCAUCGACCCCAAAGCCCUGGGCAAGCUCGGCGGCUGGGCUAUGCUCUUCUUCCUGGUCACCACGCUGAUUGCCUCAUCCAUCGGGGUUGUGAUGGCUUUUAUCAUAACCCCGGGGUCCGGGUCGAUGGCCAAACCCAAGGUGCAGGGCUUUGAUCACGACGUGCCUGUCGCUAAAGAAGUGAUAGACUCCUUCUUAGAUUUGAUCAGAAACAUCUUUCCCUCCAACCUGGUGUCUGCUGCCUUUCAAUCAUAUGCGACCAGUUACAAGCUGGUUUCCAAGAAUGGCACAGAUGGAAACCUCACCGUCUCAGUGGAGAAGGUGCCCUUUGGGACAGACCAGGAUGGUAUGAAUAUUCUCGGUCUGGUAGUGUUUGCCAUUGUGUUUGGUGUGGCUUUGAGGAAGCUGGGUGAGGAAGGAGAGAUCCUCAUUAAGUUCUUCAACUCCUUCAACGAGGCCACCAUGGUGCUGGUCUCUUGGAUCAUGUGGUAUGCCCCUUUUGGUAUCAUGUUCCUUGUAGCUGGCAAGAUUGUUGAAAUGGAUGAUGUUGGCACACUAUUUGCCAGUCUGGGAAAAUAUAUAGCCUGCUGUAUCAUCGGACAUGCCAUUCAUGGCCUUCUCGUGCUGCCCGCCAUCUACUUCGUCAUUACAAGAAAGAACCCAUACACCUUCCUCUGGGGGAUAUUUACAGCUCUGGCAACAGCCUUCGGAACAAGCUCCAGCUCUGCCACUCUGCCCCUGAUGAUGAAGUGUGUGGAGGAAAAUAACGGCGUAUCCAAGCACAUCAGCCGUUUCAUCCUGCCCAUCGGAGCGACGGUCAACAUGGACGGAGCAGCGCUCUUCCAGUGUGUGGCCGCAGUUUUCAUCGCUCAGCUGAACAACACUUCCCUUAACUUCAUCCAAGUCAUUACCAUCCUUGUGACCGCUACAGCAUCGAGUGUUGGAGCUGCAGGUAUACCUGCUGGUGGUGUGUUGACCUUAGCCAUCAUCCUGGAGGCGGUGGGACUGCCCACCAAUGACAUCUCUCUCAUCCUGGCUGUUGACUGGCUUGUUGACCGUACAUGCACGGUGCUGAACGUAGAGGGCGAUGCCUAUGGAGCCGGGCUCUUGCAGAACUUUGUGGACCGUGCGGCCAAACGAGAGGAGGAAGCAGAGCUGAGCGAGGUCAAGCUGGAGGGAGGCCCUUCAGCUACUGCCCCUGAGCACUCGCCGCUUAUUGAGAAGCGAGGUGAGCGGGACAGUGCAGAAAGUGCUGAGAAGUCUCUCUCCGGUGAAAAGGAGUCCAUCAUGUGAUCAAGCUGCUGACACCGUCAAUGACACGCUCGUGUAUUUUCACAGCCCUGCAAAACCAAAACACUCUUUUCCUUUUUUUUUUUCUGCCCUGGAGAAAAGAGAGGAUGGACAUGUACCUUACUAAUGAAACGCUCCAUGUCCUCAACACUGUUCUGGGCAGAAAGGAAAAAAGUCAAGGGGGGGGGAAUUCAAAAUCCAUACUAUGUACAGUGACUUUAGUUUUCUUUUUGAGAGACUGUGUACAUUAGUCUGGCUACUAAUGUUUCAAUUGCUCACUCAUCAAUUUUUAAAGUCAGAAUUUUACCAUGUGACCAAGUUGUGUAAAUCAGCUGUUCACCUAUUUAAUGCAUACAUCCACUGGGAUGUCGAGCGGCUGGAUCAGUGACCAUCUGCCGGUAAUGGCAGAUCUCAUGUUACAAAUUUAGGAAAUGUUACAUAAAUUUAUGAUGGGAAAUGGAAGUUAUAUGAAUGUAUUUACCAAUUGGCCCCCUGGCACCAAUUUGUACACAACUGGUAUUUACCACUUUGUCAACCUUCUGGUGGAACGGAUGAACGUUUCUGACUUUAAAAGUUGAGGACCACACACACAACUUGCUGCACCCAAUCUGUGUUUUCAUAUUCUCCAUCUGGAAUCCAAUACUUUUUCAUUUAUUUUUUUAUUUAUUUUUUUAUUUUUUUACAUUGAUUUUUGUUUUGUUUUGUUUUUUCAGUUUGUGGUCAACUUUCAAUCUUCCCGUACAGGAACAGGAUUAUAUUUGUUGUGAAAUGUAUCCUCUUAAUGCUUUGUAUAUGAACAUGAAUUGUUGGUGUAUUUUAUUAUACAUGAUUAUGGCCACUUUCAUGCAGAUUGUGGACAACAUAUUUGUAUGUAUUUUGUAUUUGAUUUGUUAUAUGUAAAGCAUAUGAAACACUAGUUAGUUUAAAUAUAUUCCACACUCUGCAUGUAAAUGGCUGAUAAUGUCUGUAUGACAAAAGGCACAAACCGUUCUUCUUAUAUCCACGCAAUAACUGGCCAGGGCUAAAUAAUGGAACUCAAAAUACACCAACCUGCUUGGACACCGAUAGACCUCGGAGCAUCUCUGCCUUUUCUCAUGGACAUCAAUGCAAUAGAAGGCAAUACAACCUCAGGCUUAACUAGGGUUUGAAGACUGUCCUUAAUACUCUAAAAAUACCAAAAAUUGCACAGACUCAGUAAAAAGGCAGGAGGCUGUUUUCACUCCUAAUCUUGAAUGACAUUUCCAAGGCGAUAUGGUAUUUGUUCUCUUAUAGCCUACAUUUUACUCGUGCUGUUGCUCUGUGUAGCUACCCGCCGCUUAGUAAGGCACAAAUGGACUUUAAAAGCACAGUCUGUAACGAGGACAUUUGUUUAAUGUUGUAUAAAGUGUAGAGUGACUGGUGUCAUCUGAUGUGCAAGUAACAAAAGUCGUUCCACUACAAGGAUGCCUCAACGUUGACAGACUAGCAGUAGUGGACUGCUGGCUCCUUUUGACUGUUGAGGCCUGAAAACCUGAAGGAUUUCAUUGAAGGUCAGCAUGUCUCCACUUAAACCUAUUGAUGUGUGGCUGUCAUGGCCAUAAACAUAAGAUACUUAUUUGUUCAAAUCAUAUUUAUUUCCAUAAUCAAAAUCCUAAGACAAUGUUUGGACAUGUUAGUAACUCCAAAUUUUUUUUAUUUUUUUUUUUGCCAACUUCAAGUCUUCUUAGCUGGUUGACGAUAGUUUUUAUUAUGUUUGUUUUUUAUUGGUUUUAUUUAAAAGUGGUGAGUUGGUAGUCUUUUGGAAUUUUCUUUUUCAUGUGGCUGUGGGCAUUUAAGAAAGUUGAGAUGUUUUAGGCUUUGUGGUGUAGCUGUGAUGGAGUUGUGUUGAAUGGACCCUAGAGUGAUACAUUUUUCAAAUGCAACAUCUAUAUAUGUGUAAUAUAUGAUUAACUACAUUUGCACUAUUGAAUGUUUAUCUCUUCCACCCGUAUCAUCUUUCAUGGGUUUAAAACUCUACCACGUGACUUCCGUUUGUGCUACCAAUGCUGUGUACAACUAUUCACAAAUCUGUGUUCUCAGAGGCUUUAUAUAGUACUAGUUUCGUAUUAUUUCCAAUGAUGGCAGUCUAUGAAAUCAUUGCAGGCCUUAGUCCACAUAUCUACAGUCUUAUUUAAUCAGAGGGUGUUAAAGUUGAUUGAUUGUACUUUAGUUUCCACUACUUUUUUUUUUUUUUCACCAUAUGGAUGUUUGUCUGGUUCGAACAUAGGAUUUUUGUCCUGUGUGUGUGUGUGUGUGUUUGCGCAUGUUAGCCAUGAUGACAUUUCAGUUGGACUGUUUCAAAAAACUUGCCCGGUUAGUUUAAAUUUACUGUCCUUAGGAUUUAAACAAUAAAGACAUUUUAUAUUUUA